UUUUAUUUCACUUUGUUUUGAACUUUCCGAUCAGUUUUACGAAAAUAAAACGUUGCUUUUAUUUAAUUAUUAAAUGAAACUACGCUGAAUAAUGGCAGCUACAUCAAUAAAAUUGUUGAUAUGUUCCGUGGUCCUCAUGGGCUUCGUUUGUAAUGUGUUAUCUAUCAAGUGCUGGAACUGCAGAUCUAAUAAUGACCCGAAGUGCGCCGAUCCGUUUGAUAACAGCACUGUGCCCAUUACGGAUUGUAAACAAGAAAAAGGGUUGCCGCAUCUGCCGGGCUUGAGACCCAGUAUGUGUAGGAAGAUAAGACAGAAAGUAAAUGGUGAAUGGCGUUACUUCAGAGACUGUGCCUACCUCGGGGAAGUGGGUAUCCAAGGUGACGAGCGAUUUUGUCUCAUGAGAACGGGUACAUACAACAUUUUCGUUGAAUACUGCACCUGUAAUAGCAAAGAUGGUUGUAAUUCCUCUGUACUUAAUAUGCCAAUGUCCUUGUUUACUCUUGCUUUAAUAUCAUUGGGAGCUAUCAUGUUCAAAAUGUUUUAAUUUUAAUCACUUUUGUAUUAUGUACAGUCGACAAUAUUAUGUUAGGGUAUGUUUCACCACUUUCUGAUAAAGCGCCUAAUAGGCUAUAUACAACUUUUUUGAGAGAUUCUUCAUACUUGAUCUGUCAAGUUAAUUUGUGGAUAGCCUUAUCAGGAAGUGGUGAAACAGGUCCUUAGUAUAAUUUUGAUAUUGCCUUUAAAUAGAUAAUCUCUUUAUAUCAUGUA